AUGACAUUGCAAUUCACCCAACCAACAGCCCUGAUCCUAAUAGACAACCAACAAGCCUUCACCAACCCAACAACAAUCUCCCAAUGGGGCACAACAAGAUCCAACCCAAACUAUGAACAAAACCUCCAAAACCUCCUCACCACCUUCCGGACAGCAAGAUCCUCAUCCCAAGUCCCACUGGAAGUAAUUCACAUCUUCCACACCUCCCUAGACAAACACCCCCUCUUCCACCCCUCCAAUCACCCCACCAACCUCCUCCCACUAGACUUCGCGACACCCGCACCAGACGGAUCCGAGCCCGUCUUCUGGAAGAAUGUCAAUUCCUCCUUCAUCGGGACCGGGCUCGAGGCGCAUUUGCGGGAAAGGGGAUUCCGCCAGCUGAUCUUCGCUGGGUUGACGACUGAUCAUUGUGUUUCGACUACUGUGCGCAUGGCGGCUAAUUUGCGGGUUGUGGAUCGGUUCCCUGAUGGACCGGUUCGGUUGAGAGCGGAUGGAUCGCAUGAGAAUGCGGGUGUGGUUGAUUACGGGCGGAUUGUGCUUGUUGGUGAUGCUACCGCUACGUUUGGGAAGAAGGGGAUUGAUUCCGAGACUAUUCAGAGGGUUUCGCUUGUUAGUCUUGAUGGGGAGUUUGCCGAUGUGUUGCCGACGGAGGAGGUUGUUGAGGCUUUGAGGAGGAUUUAG